UUACACGUAGAAGGCUAAUAAUGUUAUUUUGGCUGGAACUGGUUACUAUGGUAAUCUUUUUUAAGAACCAACUCAAGAAACAAAACAGCUGUGCAAGCCAAAACAAAUACUCAAGCAUACACAUUCUAAGAAAUAUUCCUACAAAAGAUUAAUUUCUCGAGAAACCAGUAGAUGAAACAGCCAACAAUUGAUAGUCUUGUGAUUUGACUGGCGUUUGACGUGAUGUCAUUUCGGAGGAACAUGACCGCAAAUAGGACCCUGCAGAGAUCUCCGGCAAAGCUCACCUGUCCCCAAACGCACUUGUACUUUUCUACCUGAAGUCGCUUGUAGAAUCCUGACAUAUAUCAGUCUUUAAAGAUAACGGAAUGUUUUCUGCAUUGCUCUGCAGUUUGCUGCUUCUGCACAGCUCGCUCGGGGAGAUCGUGUUCCGCUGCCCGAGCUGCACCGCGGAUCGCCAGGCGGCGUGUCCCAAGCUCACCACCUCAUCUUGCGCAGAGAUAGUCAGGGAACCGGGUUGCGGUUGCUGUCCGGUUUGCGCCAGGCAGAAGGGCGAGCUAUGCGGCGUCUACACGCCGAGAUGCGGGAGCGGUUUGAGGUGUUACCCGAGCGCUAAUUCCGAGUUACCACUAGAACAGCUGAUACAGGGACUCGGACGAUGCGACAACAAAGUGGACCUGGAGCCCACCAUGCCCAUCCCGGACCCAGGACACAGUGGAGAGGUCAAUGGCACACGUUCUCCUCCUCAGAAGAAGCCAGGCAAAGAAAACAGCUACCAGCACAUAAAGGAAAUAGCUGUGAAGCAGCAUCUAAACAAGCAGAGGACCAAGAUGUUCAGCCCCCAGGAAGACCCCAAAACGCCUCAUCCCAGACAGAGCCAGUGUCAGCAGGAACUGGAUCGCGUCUUAGAGGAGAUCUCCAGAAUGAGUUUCCAUGACAACAAGGGACCACUGGAGAAUCUUUAUGACCUGAAGUUUCCUAACUGUGACAAGACGGGACAGUACAACCUGAAGCAGUGCCACAUGUCCACCCACGGACAGAGGGGCGAGUGUUGGUGUGUCAACCCGUACACUGGUAAACAGAUAGCCUCGUCCCCUAAAGUGAGGGGGGACCCCAACUGCAGCCAGUACUUCAGUGGUCCAGAGCUGGAGCCGCCCACCACCCAGCAGAAAUAGACGCACCCUCGCAUCAGAGGAGACGCCCAGGUCGCAAACGAAGAGAGCGAGUGGAAGAGCAGUGUGCAUGUGUGUUAUUCUGUAUGUGUGUGUGUUUUCCAAAUAGUAUCAUCUGUAUUGUCAAUAGCAGUGUGGAAAGAGUCACAUGCCAGCAAAGACAAGUCAAGGACAGGUUGUUUAAGCUCCCAGCUCUUAAAUCCAGAUAACUUUGCACUAAAUUUAACUGAGCAAUUGUUUUUUUUUGUUUUUUUUUUCUGCCUAUAUUUAGGCUCCGUGCCUUUUAUUCUUGUGAUUGAAUCUGGUAGUAAUGAUAUUUCAGGGUGUCUCUUAUACAGCAUGGUCAGCUGUUCGGUGUGAAGUCGUGUCCAUUAUCCAUUUAGUCUCCCUUUUGUUUUUGUAGACCCCAUAAAAAUGGUACUCUGUCUCUUGUCGCCAGAAACAAAACAACACCAACUAUAGACGCACAAACAGAAGCAACUUGACAUUGAUUUACACUUGAUUUCCACAUUCUGGAAUGAUUUUCUUUGGCCCAAAAAAAUUAAUACUGACGUGUUGACAGAGAGAGCGGAGCUGUUUCUCAGUGGCAAGAAAUAUGAGAGUAUUUGUGCAAAGGAGGGAGGACGUUACCCAUCGGAAAAAAAAAACAAAAUCACAAAUCUCUUUAAUAUCUCAGUUAUUUCUUUAUUUCUCCUAGACGUCAUUAGCUAUGUUUCCAUCCAAGUUGUGAAUUUUAUAUAUGCGAAAAACCAUAAUAUCGCAAAAACAUUGUGCGAAUAAAGCCGCGUUUCCAUCCCAUGUGUUCAAAAGAACAAAAUAGUCACUACUGGAGAAACUGUAGCCACUGUGACUCUUAUUAAUAAAAUACGGUUUAGAGCACACAGACAAAACACUCUAGAAGAAUUUGUCUCAUAUCUGGGAACGACAGCGCGUCACACAGUUCUGGGAGCACUAUGUGUGUACUUUCCUUCUUCCUCAUGGCUUUGUCGUGUGAAUCUAUAAUAUAUUUGUCAAAAGUUUCAAUAAACCUGCUAUUUUGCAAAGUUCAAGUUUGUAUUCAACUUAAAUGCUCUGCAAAAUCUUUGCAGGCUUUGGAUUUUUAGGACACCGUUAUUUCAGGAUGACCAGAAGAACAUUUCAGAUGCAAUGAUUGGUCCACUGGGUAGUCCAGUUAUGAAUGAGUUAUUCAGUCACAUGACUUUUUUGACGCGCAUCUCAUAUUCCUAAUAAAUUCAAUAGGAGUUUAUUCAGUAAACGUGUUUUCAUCAUAGUUUAUGCACAUUUCUUCUUAUUGAAUUAAAAAUGUAUCCACUUCAAGCAAGUGUAUACGUAUUUAUGCGCACUUUGGAGACUUUAUUCACAUCUUGGUGUUUCCAUCCAGCAGUUUUAUGCGAUAUCCCAAAAUGUGCAGAAAAACACGUGGAUGGAAACCCAGCUAAUGAGAUUAAAAGGAGAACAAAGUGAGAUGCUUGCUUAAUUCUCCUGCUUUUCAGAUUUGUCUUAUGUGAAAAAGACCCAAUUAAUGUGUCUCCUCUAGAGCUUCAGAAGGAUCUCAGAUGUGUUUUAGACUGUGCUCAGAUUUGCCAAGAAACCAAAGUCUAAAAUUAAACGAGACAGGGAGUUCAAUAUGAACUCAAAUAUUUCUCAUCAAAUUCUUCCAAAACCAUGAAUGAUCUGAGCCAUGCUAACACAUUAUUUUCAUAGCUCGAUACUCUCACUGCAUGUCAACAAUUGUCUCAUUUGAAUUUAUUUUUCCAAAGGCAUUUAGGAGAAACAUCUGAGACCAAGUUGAUACUUUAAAGUAAUAGUUUACUCAAAAAUUUAAAUUAUGUCAACAUGAUGUUUCAAACCUGUAUGACUUUCUUUCCUUUGUGGAGCACAAAAGGAGAUGUUAGCAACAUGUUAGGGACUGACAGCCUCACUCACCCUUCACUUUCAUUGUAUGUAAAAAAAAAAAAAAAAAGAUGCAAUGAAAGUGAAUGGUGACUGAGACUGUUAAUCCCUAUCAUUAUGCUUAACCUCUCCUUUUAUGCUCAAUGGAAGAAAUAAAGUCUGGUUUGGAACAACAUGAGGGUGAUUAAAUGAUGGUAGAAUUGUCAUUUUUGGGGGCUAAAUUAUCCUUCAAACAAAACAACCAAACUCCAUUAUUUCUUCUGAGCUAUGAAAGAACAACAUUUGAGCAAUAAAAUGUUCUUCUCUGUUGUUAGCAGUUCACCUCUGCUCUCUCUUUGCCUCCAAACCAUGUGAUAGAAUAAAGAUGGUGCGUGUGUGUGUGUGUGUGUAUGUGUGUGUGUGUGUUUGUGUAGAGUGGGGAUCAGCGUUUACUAAUGACGUGCUGACAGAGGGCUAGAUUAGGACAUAGGGCUGACAUUGACAAAUGUGAUAUAAAGUGGGUUAAGAGCCUAUAAAUAAACACAAGUUUGCCUGCAGUGCCAGUGGGCUUUGCCUCACCUUGCUGCUUCAGAUUUCCCGGGGGUGUUGGGGGUUCGUGAGGGGGAUUUUACCCGACGGAAGGGUUGAAUGGGGUAGGAUGAAGAGCCCUGUGAAGGAAUGCCAAGUAGUACAUAGGUUUAGUGAGCUUGUUUAACUUUGAUAGCAAAUAUAUGCAAAGGGUUGUUCAGCAGGAAUAAGGCUCUUUCCUGUAAUAGGGUACACAUUGGUGUAGGUUUUUUAAGCAAUAAAGGCAAUAUCUAACAAUUAAAAUCCUACAACCAUGUCAUAAUUUUGACAUAAUUUGUUCAAAUAUUUUUAACUAAUUUUAAUAACCAAAAAUGUAUUGUGUCGCACAUUUUUUACACAACCCUGUAACUGCAUGAUUCUUCACUCUUAAUAAAAAUGGAACAUUCCAUAAAUUUCGGACACCCAGGAAGUAACAUCAUUUGGUUCCUUUCUCCAACAUGAUGGUAGGAGAAGUAGGAAAUAAAUGAUGGGAAAUAAACAUUUAUCAUUAACUCCCAAACAUUUGGUCCCAAACUAGCAAACCUCUUUUGAGUGAUGGCAUAAUUUAGGCUAAAUGUACAACCCUGUUACUUGCAGCACUGUAACCAAUUCUGAUGUCUAUAUAUAUAUAUAUAUAUAUACUGUAUAUCCACCUUUUUCCUGGGCGUCUUAGUGGGGAAACGAAUGUGGGUGGGACUUCUGUCGGAAGUCAUUCUAUAACAUUCCCUAGCUCUGGCUGCAGUCACUUUAGACCCUUUUUACAGCUGCUAAUAAGAUGCGUUUCAGAUGAUCCGAUCGCAAAUGGUCAGCGCUACAUAUAGUUGUAAACGGUGUGCAAAAUGUUUUGUUAUUGGAUUACAAAAACACAUACAGAGGUAGUCAAAAACCACAUCGCAUUUGAGGUUUAAAAUGCUAUCCUGAUGCAUCCUGGAUGGCAGCGAAGCACCACAUCUCACCAGUCAAUCACCCGGCGAACAAAUGUUAAAAGUUAUGUGCGAAUUUAAAAGGAAAUAACUGUCCGAUCCGAAAACUUGAAAAAGCGAUUACGUAGCCAAGGAUGAGAACUUCACGGCUCUUCCUCAGUGUGUCUGUCUGAUUUGAACAUGCAGGGUGACAAGAUGACAAGCACACACAUCUAACGCUGAACUAACACAGGUACUCCAAUCAUUUUGCUCAAAAUGUUGCAUUUGUUCUUAGAUUAAAUCUCAGCUGCAUCUGGGAGAAACGGUGAGCCAGUUUUGUUUGCGCUUUCUUUGUCUUGAUGACUUUUUUGCAGUUUAUUAUCGUUCAGUAACACACUGAUAUAGUGAUUGAUGUAUGUCCUCAUGAAAUCAUACAUGCUUUCCUCAAAAUCCCAACACCGCAACGAAAGAAUGAAUGGACAUACAAAUAUAUAUAUUUGGUAACAGGGUUGCAAAAAUUGCAAACCUCAUUUAAAAUUAAUGGAAAUUAAAGUGGCUCAUAUAAUAUUUACUUUAACCUCAUGAGGUGGACAUUUUCUAAAGGUUAAGCAUCUCCUGUCACUGACCCUUUGUUGUAAAAAAACAAAACAAAAACAAAAUGAACUCUAUUUUGUACCCUAUUCAUGGAAGGUGUCAUUAUGAAUGGUAGCCAUAACAUCCCUUGGUCAUACUUUUAUUCAGCCUUUAACAUAAUAUUCCUAUCUCUUUUUCUCCCUUCUCCAUCUCUCUCUCUCUCUCACUCUCUCUCUCUCUCUCUCUCUCCCCCUGUGCGCAUUGAAUUGAACAGCUCAGUACAGAAAUAGAAGUUGAUUAAGCUUUAGCAUUGAUCCUAAUGUGUUAGACAGUGUUCAGCUCCAUCCCUCCAUCCCAGUGUUUGCUUUUAUGGGUUACUCUAAGAUAUAUUAUUAACAUAUUAACCUUCACUAACUCAAAGUAUUACCACAUCUCGCUCGCCUUUAAAAGUAGCUUUCAAGUAUUUUCGUUAUUUAGUUAGCAUCAUGCUAACUACUGCUACAGACUGGCUCUCCACAAUCACACAGCAUCGUGUGUGUGAUUUUGGUGCCUCAUGGAUAGAUUUUCUGAGACACAGCCUACAAGUUUUACGUUUUGUUUCCAAAAUAUAUCGCUGCCCACCCUCCGGUGGUACAGUAAAUUUUACAGUAGCUCAAGUUUGGCCUAGUUUGAAAACAGUGCGAAACCAAUCCCUGUGGUUUUCGGGCAUAUUGAUUUGCCAGAGCGGUUCCAAUGCGAUGGAAGUGUUCGCGUAUGCGUGUGUGUGUUUGUGUGUAUAUGUGUGAGUGUUUCAAAUGCUGUGCCAUGCCUGAAGCCAGAGGGACAGUGGGAAGGAUUGCUCACCAUCUGGUGCCGUGUAAAACUGUCAGAGUCGGUCUCUGCGUUUGGAGAGUCUCACACAAAUGACAGGGGGAAUUUCUUGAGCAAAUCCAAACACCAUGUGCCAUGCCAACGUCUCACAUGCCUGUUUUCCCCCUGUAUUUCAUUGCGUGUCCAGUGUGUCAGGAGGUGCGGCGGUAUUAAAUAACGUACAUUACUCAAACCAUUCUAAACACAGCAUGCUCCUUGUGUCCUCUGUCAUGCGAAUGGGUCAUGGACUGAAUUUUCUGUACAACUGCAAUGGAAAAAGCCAAAAAUGCAUGUGAAAAUAGACAUUGGUUUUAAAUCCUUGUAAUAAAAUCCAGCAUGAUUAAAUGUA